AUAGCAGUGUCUGACAUUCUGCUGCUGAGGACUGUGUGUGUGUGUGUGUGUGUGUGUGUGUGUGUGUGUGUGUGUGUGUGUGAGUGAGUGUGUGUACACGCAGAGUAGCCCAAUGACGUUGUAAAUUUGUGCUCAUCCAGGAACAGAAGUCCUCCAGCAGCAUCCCGUGAGCAGGGCAAAGGAGCAGUAUGUCAGCCCAUCCCAGCAGCUGAGCUUUGCUGUGGGAUACGCAACUACAUAGAGCCUCUGUCCUGAUUGUCAUCUGCAGCUCUUAUAGCAGAGUGACUGUUUAGCCCCCAAAAAGGAGCCAAAGCUGUCACUGGAGCAGUAUCAUUUCACAAGAUUGAAGAUGUCCUCCACUCCGCUGGCCGAGGCAGAAGAGGAUGUGUUUGAUCUGACGGAGGCGGUUCCAGAGACCGAACGACUUGACAGCAGUCUACAGAAAGCCAAAGCACAACUGUCAAUCAAAACCAGGAGGCAUCGGCCCUCCCGAACCCGCCUGAGAGACAGCGUGAGCUCGAUAGAUGGAGAUGACAGCAUUGAUAGAAUGAGUUAUGGCGGCUCCGUGCAGACCUCCUCUUCACCAAUCCACCCUUCCUUUCGCUGCUCCUCCCCCUCCUCUGACCUGCUCCUUUCCUCCCCUUCCUCACGGAGAGACCAAACAUUCACCUUUGACCCCUACGCUGUGGUUGGAGAAAGGGAGGCACAAGAUGAAAGACGGAGCUACAGGCACCUCCUGAACACUUCCUCUCAAGAGGCUUUGCCCCUCACCCCAUCUAAGUCUCCCUCCAGGCCCUGUGUCCAUUCAGAGACAUCUUCCCCUGCCCAUCUUUGUCAGGCGGACCACGUCAAGUCACGUGAGGGCAGCCAACCCCUUCUACACUAUGGAGAAUACUCACAGAGCGAAGACGACAGUCAUGACACAGGCCCUGAUGAACCUGAUAGUCCAACGGUGCUGCUGGACAAGAAAACCAGGAGACGUUUUCUUGAUCUGGGGGUCACUUUACGUCGCACAUAUGGAAAGGUCAGGAAAGACAGAUCCAACAGACUAUCAGCAGGAACUCGGGAUUCAGAGAAAACAGAGAACCGGUCCUCGCGUUCCUCUGGUCCACCGUUUGUGCCUUUCUCCUGGUUCAGUGAAAGAUUAAGAGGUUCUGGCUCCCCCAAGAACAUCCAGUCCCCAUCCAGACCUUUCACCCAGGGCUCCAGUACUGAUGAGGAGUUUGAUUCUUCAGUGGGUUUACUGGAAGACUGCAGACCCUGCAAGACUGAGUCAUCACAACCCUAUCAGACCCUCCCCGAGCAUUCAGACGAGAAUGACUGUGACAGCAGCCGUGGCACAGAUUUCGGUUUUAAAAAGAAAAUGCUUUCUGCUGCUGGUAAAGAUAGGACAGAGCGACAGAACGGAGUUCACGGAAAACGGGACAGCGGGAAAAAUGGACACAGUGAAGAUGGACAAAAAUUACUGACCACUUGAUGGCACUUCUGAAAGACUGAAUACAAUACGCUGCAGGUGCCAUUAUUAAUGUCAAAAAUUGUGUUGGCUUUCACAAUGUAUUAUUGAUGGAUAUAGUAA